GGGAGAAGUGUGAGCAGUGAGAGUUACCGCAUUGUGUUGAUCCGUGCGUGAUUUGCUGGUGGUGUAGUUUGCUUCACAGAAAUUUUAAUUGCAGUUUGGGACAUAUACCGUGGGCGACGAUGGACAAACCCAACGAUGUCAAGACAGCACUUGACGAAGAACUUCGUGACUACUGGGCACUGACGGAGAAAAUAGGUUAUUCUUGGUCGAGCAUGGUGGAAGAAACGGAGAAAAAUAAAAAUGGGAGCGAUGUUCCGAAACGCAAGUCUCCGUUCCCAGACACCAGGCCUCACUUGUACGAGCGGGACCCAUCGGUUCUUGAAAGGCGGCAGAAGCAAAUCGAAUAUGGGAAAAGCACUAUGGGGUACAAGCGGUACUUGGACCAGGUGGCUAGGGAGGAUCGUACGAAGCAACACCCGCAAACUCCGAAUCGCUAUCUCAAAUACAGCCGGCGGUCGUGGGAUGCCCAGAUUAAAAUUUGGCGGCGCCAACUGCACUUUUGGGAUCCUCCUGCAGAUGGAACUGACCAAGGUGCGAAGCAAAACUUCUCUGACGACAGUUUCGAUCUGGACGUGGACUUCGACAUGGAGCCGCAGUGUGAGGUGAACUUCGAAGAAGCUUCGUCGACCUAAGUUUCUGACCAAGUAUCCACAAGUUGAUCAUAAUGAGCCAAACUCUCAUGCUUCUGUUAUUAUUUUAUCAUUUUAACCACCUCGCGUGUUUGUCAUACUCCCAGUGACUUGUUUGUGAGUCCCUGUGAGCCAGUCCGUGGAUAUGUUUUGCAAUGAUGAAGGCGAGAACAGGCACGUUCAGACUAUGGACCAGGUGCCCAAGAUUUUCACUUUUGUUUGUGGUUUUACGCUAUCAACUACCACGCUGUAUAUAUGCUGUACAUCUUCAUAAAAUGUAUCGAACAUUUACCUCAGUAAGGUUCUAGCCUCUUGUGUAGCAUAAUGUUGUGUAUAUGCAGAAGUCCAGUAUGUACUACUCUAUUUUUAUGACGACCAGUAUUUAUUGAAUAAAGCUAGAGGAUUUA